UAUGAAUAUGAAAUACAAUAUACUUAUUUUAUGUGGAUUAAUAAAAUUUUGUAUUAAAUUGGCAAAGAAAAAAAUUAAUUCAGUUAUAAUUGAAUUAGUUCAAGAUAAAGAUAAGUAAAAAAUCACAAAUAAUUAGAUAUAACUCACACAUAAUUACAUGUAACUCGCGCAUAAAAGUAUGUAACUCGUGUAUAACAAGAUGUAACUCACACAUAACAAGAUGUAACUCACACAUAAUUACAUGUAACUCUCGCAUAAAAGUAUGUAACUCGUGUAUAGCAAGAUGUAACUCACACAUAACAAGAUGUAACUCACACAUAAUAACUUGUAACUGGAGUAUAAGAUGAUGUAACUUCGUAUAUUAUCAAAUGUAACUCCAAGCUAGAAGCAAAAUAAACAAACUCAAUAUCUUAAAAACUUCUAAAACGUAUAAAAGUGAUAAAAAAAGUAUAUUAUAUAAAAAGUGUAUGCAUAUAAAAAUAUAUUACAAAAAAUGUAUGAAUGUAAAAAAUUAAAAUUACAUAGGCAAUAUUGGUCUUGUUGAGGUUUAUUCCCUUCAACCCGCAGGCCCAACACGUACUUGGGGUUUCGAGUGGGUGGAAAGCAAAUGAACUUACUAAAACAACGGGGAUGGAUUAAAUGACUGUUUCUUUGAAUAGAGUGAUUACAAGCCGAAGGGCCGAACGUACUGAAAAUAAGCUACGUACUGUUGACGCUAUUACAACUCUAGAGUAACGAUGUGCGAACCCCUUACAAUGAAAUAAAUGCGGCUAUUUAUAGUACACCCUGGUGGUUGGGGGGCUGACGUGGCCGGCUGUGGGCGACAUGAUUCCAACCACCAAAUCUUCAGCAUUAAAUGCGCUUCCCGCCAAGAUUUUGGUUUCCCGCCAUAAUGCGGGGGACGUCCGUCCCCUAAACUGAACUCAAUUCUUAGAUGGCGGCCUGGGCCUUUGAAUAUAACCCACCAGACAUUCAUCCCCGGGCCCUUGGGCCUCGAGGCCUGGCUAUGAUGGGCUACGUGCGUCCCCUGGCUCUUGGAUCCUGGGGCCUGGCUAUGCUGGGCUAUGCGCGUCCCCUGGCUCUUGGACCCUGGGACCUGGCUAUGCUGGGCUACGUGCGUCCCCUGGCUCUUGGAUCAUGGGGCCUGGCUAUGCUGGGCUACGUGCGUCUCCUGGCUCUUGGACCCUGGGGCCUGGCUAUGCUGGGCUACGUGCGUCUCCUGGCUCUUGGACCCUGGGGCCUGGCUAUGCUGGGCUACGUACGUCCCCUGGCUUUGGUGGGCCACGUACGUCCUUUGGCCCUUGGGCUCCAGGUGGUUUAUGGGCCGGUCUUGGAAGGCCAUUAACCCAACAGGUCUCAUUUGAAAGAUUAUGAAAAAUAAAAAAAUUUGGUAUAAAUUUUAUAAAAAUCGGAUCAAAAAUAAAAAAAUUAUUAACAAUUUUAAGAAAAAUAGAAAUAAAAAAUAACAAAGGUGCAUGGUGCUGUACCACCGUAUAAGCACUGGUGUAGGAUGAGUUGGAAUUGAAGUUCACAGCCUUAUCGUCUUGAGAUGGUGUAGUACAGACAAUGUUGGAGGAUAGACCAAAGACAGUGACAAAAAGACAAACGCAGUGUGAACAUGUACAAAGACGUACAUGAAGAUCAAAACAGCAAGUCCUACAAAGACGUAAGGAUUUGGUCAAAUUUCCUUAAAGGAAUUAGGAAAUAGCAGGAGUGGAUGAUCAAUUUUUACUUAUAUAUAUAUGUAUACGAUUAUGAAUUGGUGAAGAUCAAAACAGCAAGUCCUACAUAGCUACUAUACCUCCACGCACGUUCGUAGUCCACCAGCAAGCUACCGGCGCUCGCCAAAAAGAAACCAAAUGGGAAAAGGGAAAGCUAAAAUAGAGAUGAAGAAGAUAGAGUCUUCGCAGGCAAGGAAUAAUUGUUUCAGCAAGCGCCGUAAAGGGCUGUUCAAAAAAUCCGAGGAGCUCUGCCAUCUAUUUCCCGGAAGCCAGGUCGUGGUCGCCGUUCUUUCGCCAGCUGCGAAAGCCUACAUCACAGGAGAUCCGAGCGCCGUCUUCCCACUCCUCCCCCAAGGCGAAGAAGGUCAAGGCAGUGUCUCUCCUCUUGGCUCUAACUCUCAUCAUGAGAUCAAUGGUUGGGUGAAUGACCCUAGCCGGGAAGAGGAGGAGGAGGAAGAAGUCGAAGCUAUCAAUGAGGUUUUUUAUUUCGAGCACUGGAAAGAAGAUGAAGACGAUGUAGAAGCCGCACUCGCCAAGAACCUCUUCGGUUAUUACCCCUAUUAGCGGCGGGACAUUGGUUUUAGGAAAAAUUUCCAGAGUAAAAAUGUUUCUAAAUUUAUAAAUUGAAUUGUCAUAUCUUUAUCUUCUAAAUACGAGUAUUUUUGUCAAGUUUAGCAUUAUCAGACAUUAAACAUUGCAAUUUCUGUCAAGUUUUUUUCAAAUUUAGUAAAAAUUACUUCUAUUUAAAGAAUAAAAACAUUAAGAUUCUAUUUUAAAAAUUUUAACAUGUUUUUACUUGUUAGGAAUUUAUAUUGUUUUUACCCGAAUAAACCCCGUUAGUACGUACUUCUUUAGUACAGUACGUAGUACAUAUGUACGCCUGCCCUUUCAUUUCGUGUACCUUACGUUCCAUUUAGGCUCUCCAAAUAAUUGAAUAUGUUUUUUGUUAAGCUCUCCAAAUAGUUUGACUUUAACAUUUGUCAACACAGAAUUUUGACUGUAAUUAUAUUUAAUUAUGUAAUUCUAUUUACGUCCUUUAAAA